CGUCUUCGCUGCAGUCUGACGGGCAAGUUCAGACAGUGGUGAAGGUGUGGCGGCAGCCGCCGUGACGAGCCCUCAAUCUCUCUCUCUCUCUCUCUCUCUGUGCACUUCAGGUGUCGCGGCGGUGAACUUCACGGAACUUUUCCCUUAUGUGUGCGUGUCUCGUCUCACCUUGCCUCGCUCCGUGUGUGUGUGUGUAUGUGUGUGCUCAGAUAUUAGCGCUGUGGUAGGAGGGGAGGUCUGAGUGCGUGUGUGUGUAUGUGUGUGUGACUGGAGCCAAGAAACAAAUCCUUGGACAGCGAGCAGCGGGAGCGACGCACGUUGGAUUUCUCUUUCUCUUUCUUCGGGGGGGCGUCUGAAGAUCACAUUGCCGAACUCUUCGGUUUCUUUCCCAUGUUGUUCCCAAGAACCUGCAGCCAUAAGCGACGCUGAGGAAAGCUGAAUAUCUGCUGGGCGAAGAGCACUUCCUUUUGCAACACCUCUCCAUCACAUACAGCUACCAUGCGUAGAUUCAGCUCUGAGGGGAGCCUCCUCGAUCUGGACUUCCUCCCAUGGAAGAGGAUGGCGCUGAAGAACCCAGAUUAUAAGCAGAACCGGGUGUCAGGCACUUACACACCUCACAUGGAGGUGGAUGUGCUGGACGGGGGGUCUACCACCCCCACCAUCCUGGAGCCCAGAGGGAGCCCCGAUCAGCCGAGGAGGAAGGAGCUGGCCAAGGAGCACAGCGUCAGCGUGGAGAACCUGUGUGAGCUGGGGAAACUGGAGAAGAGCCACCUCGGAGUGUGCGUCAUCAGCGAGGGCUGCAGGGCCUACAGCGACGGUCAGCUGGCCCCGGCCGCCAAGGGCAGCACGGAGAGCGUGGAGAGAGACGACCAGCCUCCCCUGUCCCCCUCAUCCUCCUCCAACCCAUUCCAGUUCAAGUCCCAGGACAGGCACCACCACCACAGAGCCAAACUGUCAACUGCUAAACUGCACCUCAAGAGCCUGUUUGGACAGAGCCCUCAUUCCUCAAAUUCCAACCUCAACACAGAACAAGACAGCGCUACAGAGAGGAGGUCACGCCUGCACUUCAUGCGUCAGUGGAGCCAGGUCGGCCCCAGUAAGAAGAGAAAGAUCGGUCGAGAAGAGCUAGAAAAAUGGGCCGAGUCCCUGCACUCCCUGCUGGCCAGCCAAACUGGCGUUUCAGUGUUUGGAGCAUUCUUGCGCUCUGAGUUCAGCGAGGAGAAUCUGCAGUUCUAUCUGGCCUGUGAGCAGUACAGACACUCGUCCAACAACUUCAGCCUGCAGAGGAGGGCGAAGGACAUCUGCACCACCUACAUCCAACCAGGAGCCCCCCGGGAGGUGAACCUGGACAGCAAGACGAGGGAUCUGACCACCCAGCUGCUGCAGGCUCCCUCUCACACCUCUCUGUUGCAUGCACAGAAACGCAUCUACUCGCUGCUGGACACAGACUGUUAUCCCCGCUUCCUCCAGUCCAACAUGUACUGCUCGUUACUCCAAGACGCUGAUUAGCCUCGUGUUGACGGGACACCUGGACUCAGGACUCCUGUGUCCAGUCUUUAUGUUGAGCUACUCACAUCCUGACUCCAGCUCUGUAUUUAACACACAGCAGUAAGACUGGUACAUAUCUUUUUUUUUUUUAAGCCCAGUUAUCAAAAAGAUACAUUUCCCAACGUGUUAUUCUAUUUCUUCAUUAGGGUGCUUGUGGGCUUUGAGCUGCAGCAGUCGGCCCUGAGAAUUUAGUAAAACUCUGCUGAGGCAGUUUAUUUCCGUCACUUUAACAUGACCCGUGAAACUAUGCAGCUCUCGUUGUAAUCAUUAAACAUCUUCCAUGUAAGCAGCUCAUGUCCCCAUGGUCCAAUAACUCUCGGAGUUUCUCCUGCUGACGGAAAGGAAAAACAAGUUCUACAAGAAUGAGCUCUUUGCUGAAAAGGUCAUAGUACAAUGUAAUUUACUUAUAUGGCAAAGGUGGUAACCUGAGCUUAUUGAGCCUGACAGGUUAAAUUGAUACACAGCUACAAGGAAGGUGUUUUCAGCCUGCCUCUGCAUGCAGAUUUGAGAAAACAGUCUUUUAUAUAGAGGUUGUUUCUAAUGAAUGCCGUUGAAUAGCAUUUUCCUGAAUGUUGGGCCUAGAGAAACAGAAAAAAAAGUGCCCAUCAGCUUUGAGUUUUAAAGAGAAAGAAAUAAAAUCCUGUUUUUGUAUUUGA